AUGCAGAAGCGAACGCGGCUGCGGGUAGCCCUGUGCUUUCUCGCCAUGGGUGGAUGGACAGCGUCGUUCGUCCCGCGGCCGGUGGCAGGGGAGGUCGUCAAGGUCAUGGUGGUGCUGCCUGCAUUCAUUGCAGACCAGGCAAUGGCACAAGAAGCGACGCGACCGCCAACAUCACCCCCAACGGGCUUUCCUGCCUUCAACGUGGAAACCGCCGUCUACACGGCAGGUGUGUCUUUCCUCUCGAUCGUUGGAAGCACCCUGGUGCAGUCGUUCUUCGGCCGCUUCAAUGACAAGAACGACUUACAGUUUCAAGCCCUCGGCAAGCAAGUGGACGACGUCAAGACAAAGCUCGGCAAGUUUGAGGAUAAGUUGGAUGUGGUGAUAGCUUCUGCAUUGAUCUCUGUGGGGGCAGCAGGUUCUUUCUUCCUCUUUAAGCCGUAG